GUGACAUAUACCGUAUAUCAGAGCGAAACCCUCAAAUCAACCUCCUUUUUAUUUAUAAUUUUGUCUUAAACUCUUAAGAGGAUACCGCACAGAAAUUUGUUGUCUCUAUUUUACAAUCAUCGGCGGUUCGAAACUCCUUGCGAAACGUACAAGUUUGUUACUAUUCACCUAUGUUCCUCCGUGGCUCGCCAUUCUUUCGUCAUCGUUACUGUCGUCAAGACCAUAUUUGCAUUUUCCAACGUUCAUUUUUCAUUUUGUCUCUUCGUUAAAUUUGGGAUGGAAGAAAAUUCGAAAGUUGAAGUUGUUACGGUGACUUGGUACAGUUAUUUGUCACAAAUAAUUGUGGGGCUUUUGUCUUUAUUCGCGUUGAAAAUAAUUUACUUUACCAUAAAACGUAGAUAUACACAAACAUCGAAAGUUGAAAAAAAUUCUACAGAAGAAAGUAAAAUUUAUACAAGUAGUGAAAACGUGUUUAAUGAAUCUUCAACAGAAAGCUUGAAUUUAGAACUAGAAGAAAAAUAUAAAUUAUUGCGUCGAUCGGAUAAAAGGAAUGAAUCAUCGGGAGUAUUGUGCACAAAUGAUUCUGAGUUAUCGAAACUCAUUGACACAGAAGAUGAUAUCGUUGAUAAACUUCUCAGUGAAUUAAUAAACUUUGAUACUAAGUUAGAUUUUAAGAGAACUAUAGAUACAGUUUUUAGUGGUUACGAUUCAACUCAAAAUGAAAUGCAGGAAUGUAAGAAUUAUAGGAAAUUUCAAGAUGUUGUGGACACUUGUAAAAUAAAUUCUGAUUCACAUUCAUCAAUUUUAUCAUGGAAAUCUUGUCAUAAAAAUAUCGACCACUCUGAAUCUGACUAUAUAAACAAUUCAGAAAAUCUGGAAAUAUGUCAACCAGUUAAUCUAUGCAUAAAAGAUAAUAACAAUGAAACAGAAACAAAUAAAAAAACAAUUAAAACAUUUUUUACGGAUAGAAAAUAUAAAAAUACUAAAGACUUACUAAUGAUAAAUCCUGAAGAUUUUCCUUUUGCUGAAACAAUUGCAAAUAAACAACUCUCUGCAAAUAAUCAUGAUGAAUUGGAAAAUGAAGACAAUUUGAAUGACACAGAACACUUUUCAAACUAUCAUAAUGAAUUGGAGGCUGAAUACAAUUCGGAGAGUUUAAAACAUGGAUUGGAGAAUGAAUACGAUUUGAAUGACACAGAACUUUCUACUAUAAAUUACAAUGCAUCAGAGAAUGAAUACAGUUUGGAAAAUACAAAAUAUUCCUUAAAUGAGGAUGAACUGAUGCUUGAAAAAAAUUUGGAGACAACUGAAAUCUCUUCUAUAAAUCAGGAUGAAUCGUUAUAUGAAUACAAUUUGAAGAGUCCGGAACUCUCCUCCUUAAAUAAUGACAAAAGCAUUUCUGGUAUCGAUAGCCCUAAUAUUCAUGAUUAUGACGUUCAAAGUAUCACAGACUUGAACAAUACUUCUUCAACUGAGUUUACAGAAUCAUUACCAAGUCCCAUAUACCAAAACAAUAAUUCAAUUGAUGACAUUCGAUAUGUAGAAGACUUUAAUGAUAUAAGCUUCUUUGAUCCAACAUUAUCAGACGAUGCCAUGAAUGAAGCAUUCGUAGAAGACUAAAUAACAUUGUAUCACAAAACUCAAUUUAUUGUUACUUUUAUGUAUAAAAUGAAUAUUUUAAAUAAAAUUAAUUAUCUUGUUAAAUAAGAACAAAUGGU